AUGCUUGGUGUAUUUCGCCAGUUUGGUGUCGCUCAGGUGCUUCGUGCAUCUGUGCCUCGCACAUUAUCUGCUCGAGGAGCCCCCCAAUUGUGCAAAUGGCAACCCCCGAUCUCCCGGUCUCCUGUUCUGGCCCGGUCGUUCCAAACUUCAUUCCCUGCACUGAAUGCCGCUUCUCAGGAGGCAGCGGCGGCAACUGAGGACGCUUCAGAGUCAGACCUGAUCACCAAGUUUGCUGAUCUGCAGCGUCAUGAACUCGUUGAUGGCGCCCUCAUCCGAAACAUCACUUCUCCUGUCCGUAUGGGCCUGGAAACCAUGACUGAUGUCCAGAGCCAAACAAUCAACCAAAUGCUUCAGGGCACUGAUGUUCUCGCCCAGGCUAAGACCGGAACCGGCAAGACACUCGCUUUCCUCCUCCCUACCAUGCAGAACAUCAUGAGUGACCCUACCCUUGAAUUGUCCCAGAGCCGUGAGCAGCGUCGUCCCACCAAGGCUUUCUCAGACGACAUUCGCGCUCUGAUCAUCUCACCCACCCGUGAGCUUGCUGAGCAGAUUGCCGCCGAGGCUCGCAAGUUGACACCCGGCACUGGCUUGAUGGUUCAAACCGCUGUCGGUGGCACUCAAAAGAGACGUGGACUUGAAAUGAUCCAGCGUAACGGUUGCCAUUUGUUGGUCGGUACCCCUGGCCGUAUUAAGGAUAUUCUCAGCGAUCCUCGCAGUGGCGUGUCAGCCCCCAAGCUCAACACCCUGAUUCUUGAUGAGGCCGAUCGUCUGCUUGACCAAGGUUUUGCUGAGGAGAUCCAGGAAAUCCAGGCUCUGCUUCCGGAUCCUCUCACCGUGGACCGUCAGACACUGAUGUUCUCCGCCACCGUGCCAAAGGGUGUCAUGAAGAUGGUCAACAACACCAUGAAGCGUGACUACAAGUAUGUCAAGACAGUUGGUGAUGAUGACGUUCCCGUUCAUCUCAAGGUUCCCCAGAAGAUUGUCUUCGUGCGCGGUUAUGAGAAUCGCCUGCCUGGUCUCCUCGAACUCAUCAAGGAAUACCAAGGACGUCAAGCCCAAGACCCUUCCUUGCGUCCGUUCAAAGCCAUCGUCUACUUCAACUCUACUAGUGAAGUUCAAUUGGCUGCCGAAAUUUUCCAGAAUCUUCCUCGCGAGCAGGACGGCACACGCACUCGUCCCUCCUUAGGCCGUAUGCGCCUGCUGGAAAUCCACUCCCGCCUUACCCAGCAACAGCGCACCUACAGUGCUGACGGAUUCCGCAAAGCCGCCGAGAGUAUUCUCUUCUCAUCCGACGUGACUGCUCGUGGCAUGGAUUUCCCAGACGUUACCCAUGUCAUCCAAAUGGGUGUCCCUAAUGACCGGGAGACCUACAUCCACCGAACUGGCCGUACCGCUCGUGCCAACAAGACCGGCGAGGCCUGGAUCUUCAUCCAUGACGGCGAAAUCCAGCGUAUGGACGAUUUACUCCACGGCAUGCCCCUUCAGGAAGACAGUGAAACAAUCCGAUCUGCCAUGGUUAACAUGACUAGAGAUGACAUGCGCGAUGUGUCUCCUGCCACACGCGAGAUCAUCGAACAUCAUAACCAAGCCGUUGCCAGUGUUUCACCUAAGCAGAAGGAGUCUGCCUGGAGAUCCCAACUGGGCGGCGUUCUCCGGUCCAUCAACAGCAAGCGCACCGCUUUGCAUGUUCUGAACAACCUCGCUCUCCAUGGAUACGGCCUGCCCGCGGCCCCAUCUAUUGGCGCAGCACUUGCAAAGAACCUUGGAAUCAGCCGCUACUCAGAUCUUAUCAACAUUUCAGAGGGCUCUCCUCGCUCUCCCCGAUCUCCCUUCGGUAGAAACUCCGAGGACUCUGGUGAAUUCUCCUCCCGUCGUGGAGGCUCUUCUUCCCGCCAGUCUGGCUCAAGAGAUUUCCGUGGCGGCCGAUCCCGCGAUGGUGGCUUCUCCGGUUCUCGAUCUCGCGAGGGUAACUCUUACGGCUCUCGCUCUCGCGACGGCGACUCCUACGGCUCUCGAUCCCGCUACUGA